CUAUCAUGCAUUCACACGCGCGCGCACACAUUCCCCAAAAAAAUACCUCAAUUUCAUCACUGAGAAAUCCUAAUCUCCAUUGAAUUUUCAAUCCGAAAUUACCACCAUGGAUUCCUCACAAGAAGCAAUCAAGCAGCUCAAUGAUCUCAUGGAUCAAGUGGAUGAGCAUUUGAAGGAUACAUUCGAGAUUCUUCAUCAAGGGCAUCCAAGUGAGACAUUUGUGCGUUUUCUCAAGGCUAGAGAUUGGAGUGUUUCUAAAGCUCAUAAAAUGCUGAUUGAUUGCCUGACUUGGAGGUUGCAAAAUGAGAUCGAUAACAUUUUGUCUAAACCUAUCAUACCAAUUGAUUUAUAUAAAGAUGUUCGCGAUUCGCAGCUGGUAGGACUGUCUGGAUUCUCGAGGGAGGGCCUGCCUGUAUUUGGGAUUGGCGUCGGAAUGAGCACUUUAGACAGAGCAUCUGUACAUUACUAUGUGCAGUCUCACAUUCAGAUAAACGAGUACCGAGAUCGGGUAGUCCUUCCUGCUACAUCAGACCUGCAUGGCCGAUACAUUGGUACCUGUUUGAAAGUUUUAGAUAUGACUGGCCUAAAGCUUUCGGCACUUAGUCAAAUUAAGCUACUAACCAUUAUAUCCACGGUCGAUGACCUAAAUUAUCCGGAGAAGACUGACAUAUAUUAUAUUGUCAAUGCACCUUACAUAUUUUCAGCUUGUUGGAAGGUUGUGAAGCCUCUUUUGCAAGAAAGAACAAGAAAGAAAAUUCAAGUACUGCAUGGUUGUGGCAGAGAUGAGUUGCUGAAGAUAAUGGAUUAUGCAUCCCUUCCCCAUUUUUGUAAAAGAGAAGGCUCUGCUAAAUUAUCCCGGCAUUCGUCUCCAGACAUUGAUGACUGCUUCUCUUUGGAUCAUCCCUUCCAUCAAGAACUUUACAACUAUGUGAAGCAGCAAUCACAAAACAAAGCUUUGAAGAUUCCUAUCAAAUUAGGUUCAUUUCAUGUCGACGUGCCCGACCCUGAUCCUGAAGGGACGAUGAUUGUUCAGACCAUCGAGUCCGAGCUCCACAAAAUCGGUGACCAAAAUGGAGUAACUCAUGACGACGAUUAACAGAUCAAACUGGUUAUGUUAUAUAGGUUGUAACUACAGACAUACAGUCAUUGGAGCUUAACACCAUAUGUAACUUGGAUUUUAUCGGCAUCCAAGAGUGAUAUAAGACGGACCACGUCUUAUAUAAUACAAAAACUAAUCGAUGUGCGAGUAUUUAUUACUCUAAUAGCAGAUAACUACUACUGAUAAUUUUGUGACUCGAGUACACAGAAUGUAUAAGGAACAGGUGAAAUUAUGGGUAAUGCACUAUGCAUUCACUUGUAUUAGAAAGAAGUGUUUGAGAACAAAGAUCAUCAAAUUGAAUA